AUGAUUCGAAAGCUCAUCUUUUUCUUGUUUAUUUGCAGUGCAUUGAGCGCCGACUGUCAAUGCCCAACAAAAUGUCCGGCUGAGUUCAACGAAUACAGUCCGAGCCGUUGUUUGACAAUUGUGCGUGGACCGUAUAGUACUUACAAAGACGCAGUAGCAAAAUGCAAGGCUAUCGGUGGAGUGGUGGCAAAAAUCACAAGUUCUCAAGAAAAUGAUGCUGUUUGGAAAGCAAUGAUGGCUUACGGUCAGAAGAGUGGUAUGUGGAUUGGAAUUGAGAAAAAGUCCGAUGGAUCGUUUGUUUAUGCGGAUGGAACACCAAUUACUUACACAAAAUGGGCACCAAACUAUUACCCAUCAACGAAUCCGGCAAAUACUUGUGCUGUGAUGGAUCCAUCGAGUGGUUUGUGGCUUCCGGUUAAUUGUGCCGAAUCGAGAGCCUACAUUUGCUCAGUGGAUCUUGUCCAAGGA